AUGGUACUAACUCCAGCAUACCACGACGACGCCUCUGAUUCAGACGAGCCUGUAGUCCAGACACGACGAACCAAACGACACAAAACCAACAGCGGAAACGGCAACGCUAACACCAACCAGCUAAUCGAUCUUCCAGAUGAGGCUGAUGCGACUCCAAAUUAUCUGUACGAUGCUCUAUGCGAUAGCGAGUCUUCUUUGACGGAGCUGGCACGUGGUUGGAUCGAAAGCUACGAGGAAAACUCGACUUUUGCCAUCCGGGACUUUGUCAACAUGAUUCUACGUCUAGCCGGAUGCCAUGACGUGAUUGAGACCCACGACAUUGAAGAGGGAGACUCAGCAGCAGCCACCGUGGCCCAGCUGCAGGACCACGUUCGAAACAAGUCGGCGGCGCAGUACCCCCUGGUUAACAAGAAACCGCCGCACAAAUUUCUGCGGGACCAUCUCAACGAGUUUCUGCGUCACCUGGUCACCUUUGCCAGCGACAAGGACCUGCUCUACGACGACGAGAGUGCCGAGGGCAACGUCAUCGACAACCUGCUCAUCUGGGUGUCUGCACUGUCGUCUUCAAAGCUGCGGCCUUUCCGUCAUACGGCCACUGUAGUGUCUCUCAUGUUUCUGACGAACCUGUGCAACGUGUACAGCUCUGUUCUGGAGCUCAAGGAGGACAAUGAGAAGGUGCUGACGAAUGCGGCAUCAGGCAAGGGCCGUGCUUCCAAAGGAAGAAGCGAUGAACGAGUCAGCGCAGCCAAGGACACUAUCGAGACAUGCUCCAACAAGAUUGGCAAGCUGGCCAACUUCAUGAACGACAUUUUUGAAACUUGCUUUGUAAACCGAUACCGAGACGUGGACGCACGAAUCCGAAGUGAGUGUGUUCUGCAGCUCAACAACUGGAUCGAAAACUUGCCGUCUGUUUUCUUUGAAGACCAGUAUCUUCGAUACUUUGGCUGGCUGCUGUUUGAUACCGAUCCCGGUGUACGAGAGUCGGUGGUCAACGGUCUGGCCAAUCUUUUUGAUACCCUCAACACUUCAGGUUUCUUGCAUUUUACCGAACGAUUCAGAUCUCGUCUGGUAGAGAUGGCUCAGAGCGACAGCGAUCUGGAUGUGCGGGCUGGAGUGAUUGAGUUCCUCGUGCUUCUGCAGCAGGCCGGGUUCCUUGAACAGGACAAUGUAGACAAGGUGAUAAUGCUGCUGCUGGAUGCCAAUGACGUGGUCAGAGAGCAGGUGGUUGAUUUCAUCGUGGACUACUGCAACGAGCAGAGUGAAGACGAAAUCAAAAACAUGGGCAGGAAGGUCAAGGCUGUCAAGAGUGUCGACGCCAAAUGGGUCACCUACAAGAGUGUCGUGUCUGUGGUAAGCAGUGCUAUCGCCUUGCCUAGGGACAACGAAUCGGAAGAGAACGAAGAUGAUGAUGAGAGCUCAAAUGCAAACAUUGAAGUCGGAGCCACCAUCGCCGAGGACCUUACGCAACAUUACGAGUCCGAAGAUGUUAAGAAACUGCUUUCAUACCUGCUGUUUGAUCCUUCUUCGUUAUCCAAGGACAAGUUUGAGGAGCAGCUGAGCACCAUUCUGCAGCUCUCUGCCAGCCAACAGACGUUCUUGUUGCAACUAAUCUCUGCUUGUGUGGAGGGUGUUUUCAAGGAGGCGAAGGGCUCCAGAAAGGCUCAAGAUUCGAACGAUACAGAGACUAUCUCCUCUCUGAUCAUCGACGAGACUCCUGCUCUGUUGGACAAGUUUUCGUCUUCGUCUGACAUGCUGACUUUGAUCCUGCAGUUGCAUUCCAAAGUCGACUUGUCUCUCUACACUGUCAAGCGACUCGAAGACCAGUUCUCUGAGCUGCACUCUACCAUUUGCCGUAUUUUCAAGACCCAUCACAACCGACAGACCCAGCUACAGUGUGUCAAGUUCCUUGCAUCUGCCAAAAAGCAGGAUAUUUUCCCCGAAUCCACGCUUCCAAAGCUCGCUGACUUGAUGGCUGAAAUUUCCAGCGACUUUGCCAACGUACUGUCGGACCCUGCAGCUGACUGGAACACAAUUGCCUCCGCUACUCAGAGAGUUGAGGUCCUGUGUCAGUUUAUGCCCUUCUCUGAAAUAUCUUCUGACGACUCUCUUCUGGACGAAGUGAUCGCGAAGGUCAAGUCUGCUGUUGAAGACGACGAUGCAAACACCGAGAUUGGCGACUUCAUCAACUCUGCCAUCAACCUGCUUCGUCUCCAGCUGCUCUGGUCCAUUACAAACAGCGAUUCGUCUUCCGACUCGGCGUCAGAUUUUAUUUCCGAGGUCCUGGGUGCCAUGAAGGAGGUGUUCAUGAAGGAGGAUAUGCCUAUUAGUGCCACUAUUAAGACGGCAGGCCUCUUUUUGGAGAUUCUCGUUGCACUGAAGAUCAAGGACAAGCUUACCUCGGUAGGCGAUAUCAUUGACAAUGAUGUACAGGCACGUAUCAUGUACCUGUUCAUCAAUGCCGAGUACACAUAUUUCGAGGAUCUUGGGGAAGACGCUCCUGCGAUUGAGCGACUUCCCGCUCUGUUAUCGUCGGACGACGAGGAACAACUUGAGGCUAACCUGGAGUCCAAGAACCCGUUGGAGGACUUGCAGUGGCUGCUGUCGAAGAUCUCCUUGGCUGUGACAGCUAAGAUCUUGGACGAAAAGUGGAACUCACGACUGACACUUAACCAGAAGUUGUAUGGGUAA